GCGGUCAUGUGACUCUCUGGUUAAAGAUGUGAGUCGUGUGUUGUUGCCAUGUAGAUACUUCAGGAUUCAAGAGUCUUAUUAAAGGAAAUACCUUAAUCAAGCAGUUCUUCUUAUCUGCGUAUCGCAGUCAUAUCUGCACUGUUGUCGCUGUCUUUAUUGUUUCGAUGGAUUUGGUUCGUCACUUCGGAAUUGUGCUUUUAAUCGCGGUGUUUUCCGGCACUCGUGCAAACGAGCUUCAGAUCGACCCGCUGAUAUACGAGGAGCAGCUGCUCUGGGUCGGCGGUGGAGCCGGUCAGGUCAACACUUACAGGAUCCCUCUGCUGACCUUCACGACGCGUGGAAGUCUGCUGGCCUUCUCUGAGGCCAGGAAAUUUUCCUACAAUGACAUUGGUGCCAAGUUCAUCGCGCUGAGACGCUCCACAGACAAAGGAGUCACCUGGUCUCCCACCUCCUUCAUAGUGGACGAUGGUUCUCUAGCAGAUGGGUUGACUCUAGGUUCGGUUGUUGUGGAUGAAGAGACUGGUGCUGUGAUACUCAUCUACUCAUUGUGUUUCCACCGUUACCACUGCGACCCCUCCAGCACCAUGAUGGUGCAGAGCUUGGAUGACGGGUUCACCUGGAGCGCCCCACGAAACCUCUCCGUUGAGCUGGGGGUGAAGAGCUUUGCUCCAGGGCCUGGCUUCGGUAUACAGAAACGGUAUGCUCCCAAUGUGGGCCGUCUGGUGGUGUGUGGCCACGGAACCAUUGCUGGUGAUGGGGUCUUCUGCAUCCUGAGUGAUGAUCAUGGUACAUCCUGGAGAUAUGGAGCUGCCCUGAAGAGCAUCCCUUACAACCAGCCUAAACAAGACCUGGACUUCAACCCAGAUGAGUGUCAGCCAGUGGAACUCGAGGACGGAAGUAUUGUCAUCAAUGUGCGCAACCAGAACAAGUACCACUGCCGCUGUCGAAUAAUAGUGCGGAGUCUGGACGGAGGCGAGACUCUUCCUGUGGAGGAGCUGGUGUUUGACAAAACACUGAUUGACCCCGCCGUCGCAGCCGGAGCCCUGCAGAAACAAGGAGUGAUGUACUUCACCAACCCCUCCAGCACUCAGCACAGGGUCAAUCUAACUCUUCGCUGGUCCUUCUCUGAUGGGAAGUCAUGGGAAAAGGAGGCGGUCCAGAUCUGGGCGGGGCCAAGCGGUUAUUCAUGUAUAACAUCACUCAAGGGAGAUUCUCCUGAGGACAGCAAAUUCAUCUUCGUCAUUUAUGAAAAGGGCCAUAAAGAUUACUGUGAGACCAUCUCUUUUGCCAAAAUCCAUCUAUAUGGAGGGAAAUAACCUACAGGUGGAGGAGCCAAGAAAAGGGAUAUUUAGGACUUUUAAAAUGAACUUUUUUUGUUGUUGAGAAAACCAAGGUAUCAGCCUGAUGCAAAAUCAUUUUAAUGUUUCUUUACAUUAAAUCUGGUCUAUACUAUGAACUGCUUUUAUAUGAAUUUCACUCCGGAGAAAUAUUGAGGCAUCCUGCUUCAGUGUGAGAUUAAUUUAUACAGCAAUAUAAUAUAAAACAGCUAUGAUUGUACCCACAGUGUUUACCUGUCAGUGCACAAAACUUUCUAUAAUAUGUGUCUUGAAGUUCUCAUAAUUUCUUUGUGCAGAUGGUGAGCUGCACGUGCGUCGCACAUGUGCUUAUUGAGACUAUUUGAUGGUUUUUAAACCGCUCACGCGCUGUUUGUCUUGCUGAUGCUUUAAUUUCUUCUUUUAAAUAUUUUUUGUAACUGAGGUGAAUCUUUAUGAAGCUACAACAUUCUUAAAAUGGUUGUUUUCUACUGUAUAACAGUUGAUUGAAUUAAGUCUUGAAUUAAUGUUUUGAAUACAGAAAUGUGAUUUCAUUGUAAUUCCCUUGAGGUGUUUCUCCAAUCCCUGGUGUUGCUUAAAUUAAUGAAGGGCUUUUAAAUGACUCGCAUAAACUGGAAGACACAAGGGUUUGAGACACACAGACAGUUUAAGCAAGCAGUGUUCAUGUACUCCACAUUAUACUAUCAGAAAACCACAUUUUAUAUUCUAAACGAGUGUCAUGUGCUUCAGGUUAUAUGGUUUUGUUUACCCAGUCUGGCCUUUUUGUGGCCAUAGAUGUUAUACAUUUAGCUUCCAGAUAAAUUAUUUUGGUAACAUCUCACUGUAAGUGACUUUUAAAUAGUACAUGAAAGUUUGUUGAGAGUUAAUCGAAAGGCAAUCACUGUAUUAAAUUUCAUAUCAACAUUUGACUUUUCACUUGAUUUGCUGGAUUACACAGGGACACAUUUUAUUUUUCAAUAAAUGUUUCUAUUUUGA